AUGACUCAGUUUCAGUGAAUGUCCACCUCACCACAUUCGAAAACCGGAAACCCGUGACCUUAAUUCUUGAGGGGCUCCACCGACUGGAAAUCACGUCGCACCACUUUUGCUUGUACGUAUGAUCGGAUCCUUGAGCCAAUGCAAUCAGCGUCCAGGAAAUAGCGUCGAAAGGUUCAGAUCUUAGCUACCAAGUUGCAUGAUUGGAGAAGAGAAUUGAAUCCGCGAAAGUGCGAAAUUUCGUGUCAAGAAUGAGACAUUGAAAUUGAACCAUGAAGGGGAGAACGCUGCUUCGAGGCAUUGCUCGUUAUGUAGCUCCGGCUAGAACCUAUGUACCUCGGACACGAUCACCAGUUACACCUUUCAUUCCACCUCCUGCUCACGUUUGGCGAUCUUUCGGCUCGUAUUUACCUGCCAAGACACACGGCCUUGUCAAUCCGACAAUUGUGACAAGGAAACUAUCUUCAGCAACUCUUGCAAGUCUCUCUGUAGGGUCAUCCAAGGAGGCAGGAGCACUGGUAGUUGCCGGCGAUGCUGCUCAGAGGAGAGUCGCACUUUGGCUAUUUGGAUGCAGCGGUUGGGUAUUCAGCAUGGUGGUGCUGGGAGGUGUGACACGUCUUACUAGGUCAGGCCUGUCCAUGACGGAUUGGAAGUUUGCUGGCGGCUUGCCUCCAAUUACCCGCGAGGAAUGGGAAGUAGAGUUUGCAAAAUAUCAAGCCUCUCCAGAGUACAGACGUAUAAACAAGGGAAUGAGCUUGGAGCAGUUCAAAUUUAUAUAUUGGAUGGAGUACGCGCAUCGCAUGUGGGGAAGGGCCCUAGGUCUCGUUUUCGCUGGUCCGUUUGCCUACUUCAUUGCCAAGGGCUACAUUACGCGGCCACUCGGCCUAAGGCUGUCGGCCCUCAUGGCUAUGGGUGCAGGACAAGGCUUUGUUGGCUGGUGGAUGGUCAAAAGUGGCCUAGAGGAACCAGAAACUGAGUAUGCACAACCGAGGGUGAGCCCGUAUCGGCUUGCAGCUCAUCUGACUUCUGCAUUCGUCAUCUAUUCAGGCCUCUUCUGGACAGCACUCUCAGUUGCUAUGCCUGAACCUCCUUCUGCUGUCAAUAAGUUGAUGCUAGAUGCCAGCAGAAGAAUUCGUGCGCUGGCUCUGCCCGUUGCUGGUCUGGUUGGUUUGACAGCCGUUUCAGGGGCCUUUGUUGCUGGCAAUGAUGCGGGUCAUGCUUACAAUACCUUCCCCAAAAUGGGGGACACUUGGAUUCCUGAAGGGAUCUUCGAGAUGUCACCUUUCAUUAGAAACUUUUUUGAAAAUACUGCUACUGUACAGAUGGAUCAUCGUAUUCUUGCUGUAACAACUCUUACCUCUAUCGGCGGCCUGUGGCUUGCCGCUCGACAUCUGCCCCUAAAUCCUGCUGUGAAGAUCAUACUGGAUGCUACUCUUGGAAUGGCUGUUCUCCAGGUAUCCUUGGGCGUAUCUACGUUGCUUAUGUACGUGCCGGUCUCUUUGGGAUCUGCUCACCAAGCCGGAGCUCUCACCCUUUUCACGGUAGUCCUGACGCUCUUGCACGCGCUGCGGAGACCAUCACCAGCCGGCCUCAGAGCAUUGAACAAUUCAAUCAACGUUGCAGGAAGCAAACAAUUACUCUAGUAAUGAACUAAUGUGUUUAACCUCAGACACCGUGCACAAUUAUCCUUCCGUCACUACCUUCUUGUUGUCCCCAUUGAUUUGCCACGUAGUGCAUCAUAUCAAGCGACAUAAUCCUGUUGCUAUCACUUUGUCGGUAAGGAGCUUCGGUAGUGAAUAAGUCACAGGUUUAAGAAGGUUGCAGUGUGAGAUGUUUAUCAUUGAAAAUAGGUUGUAUUUAUCGAAGAGAUCACGAGCUUCAUUUUACGCCUUAAGUAAAAGAGAGGAGAACAUAGGAGUCCAAAUUUUUUUUGUAGAAACAGGAAGUACGAAGAUAUAAUUUUCUUAUCCAGAUUUACAGUUUAGUAAUAUUCAGGUAUCUGUAAUUCGCACGUAGAAUACUUUUUCACCGAUAGCCGAUGAAGUUCUUUCCGGCUGCCAUUCUGGCUUAGCUUGGCAGGUAGAGUUCUGACAUACAAACAGCCAAUCCAGUGAAAAUUUAUUCGAGAGCAGAAGUUCAUCUCUUGAUAGAUUUGUCCGUUUGGAAGCUGAAAAUGUAGAGAGAAAUGAGAAGAGUAUAGCAGUAAACAUAUCAUGUAAGUUUCGUUAUGUUAUGGGUUCUAGGGUUGUCGCUCUGAGCUCCUUAUUUCUCAAGUCUUCGUUGAAGCCUGAUUGUGG